GUUGAGCAGGUGGACCCCCGAGGCCGAACUCCCUUGCACCUGGCCACCACCCUGGGCCACUUGGAGUGUGCACGGGUUCUCUUGCGGCACGGGGCAGACGUGGCCAAAGAAAAUCGGUCCGGCUGGACAGUGCUGCAGGAGGCGGUCAGUACUCAGGAGCAAGAUCUGGUUCAACUGGUGCUGCGUUACCGGGACUACCAGAGAGCCAUCAAGCGCUUGGCCGGGAUCCCCGUCCUGCUGGAAAAACUGCGGAAGGCUCAAGAUUUCUACGUAGAGAUGAAGUGGGAAUUCACGAGUUGGGUUCCUUUGGUCUCCAAGAUUUGCCCCAGUGACACAUACAAGGUGUGGAAGUGUGGCCAGAACCUGCGGGUAGACACAACGUUGCUGGGCUUCGACCACAUGACCUGGCAGCGUGGGAACCACAGCUUCAUCUUCCGGGGUCAAGAUACGAGUGCGGUGUUCAUGGAGGUGGAUCACAACCGGCGGGUGGUCUACUCUGAAACGCUGGCGCUGGCUGCCCACGACCAGGAGACCAUCCUGGCGGCCAUGCAGCCCACCGAGGAGCAGGUGAUGGGGCGCCUGAUGGCCCCCGUGGUCGCCACGCACCUGGACAUGCGCAAUAUCGCUUUCGAGAGGAACAAGACGGGUAUAUUAGGCUGGAGGAGCGAAAAGACCGAGAUGGUGAACGGGUACGAAGCCAAGGUUUACGGGGCUUCCAACGUGGAACUCAUCACCCGGACGCGGACCGAACACCUUUCCGAGCAGCACAAAGGAAAAACUAAAGGUGGUAAAACCCCAUUGCAGUCCUUUCUGGGCAUUGCCGAACAACACGUGGGUCCCAACAACGGGGCUCUCAUCACGCAGACGCUGAGCCACGCCAACCCCACGGCCAUCACGCCCGAGGAAUACUUCAACCCCAGUUUUGAGCUGGGGACCCGGGAUAUGGGGCGACCCAUCGAACUCACCACCAAGACGCAAAAGUUCAAAGCCAAGUUGUGGCUGUGUGAAGACCACCCUUUGUCCCUGGCCGAGCAAGUGGCCCCCAUCAUUGACCUCAUGGCGGUCAGCAACGCCCUCUUUGCCAAACUCCGGGAUUUUAUCACGUUGCGCCUGCCGCCUGGCUUUCCGGUCAAGAUUGAAAUCCCCAUCUUCCACAUCCUCAAUGCCCGCAUCACCUUUGGCAACUUGAAUGGCUGCGAUGAGCCGGUGGUCUCUCUCCGCAGCACGGGCAGCCCCGGCAGCGAUGCCCCCUCGCCCGGCAGUGACCGGUCCAGCAUCAGCAGCUCCAGCUCCCUUGGUUCCUGCCGCUGCUUUGAGAUGGACCCCUCCCUCUUCGAAGCCCCCCAGGGUUACAGCAUCGUCGGGAGACACCCGGAGCCCUUGCGGGAAGAUGAGGAUGAUUUACUGCAGUUCGCCAUCCAACAGAGCUUGCUAGAGGCGGGCAGCGAAUAUGACCAGGUGACCAUUUGGGAAGCUUUGACCAACAGCAAGCCAGGCACUCUGCCGGUGUCCCAAGAAGGACGUCGAGUCUGCAGGACACCCCAGCACACGCCGCCCCCGCGGCCCGCCGUCCCCCAGCAGCCACCCCCCACACCAGGCCGGGGUCCCGGGCUGCCCACCUACGCCGAGCAGCUGCGCAUGGCCAUGGAGCUCUCCGCCAAAGAACAGAAAGAAGCCGAACGGCGUUCGCGCCAGGAGCAGGAAGAACUGGAACGGAUCCUGCGCCUGUCCGUCACCGAACAAUAA